AUGGCCGGGCUGCAGUCCGAUAUCUAUGCCGCCAUCAGCAUCACUUGGGUCGCGGCGUUUCUGGCCCUUGGUCUACGACUCAAGGCGCGACGAAUGACUAAAAUGAACCUUUGGUUCGACGACUACUUCGCCAUAAUCGCCUUGCUCUUUGUAUCGAGUUACUGCUCCGUCACGAUAUACUGGACGCAUAGCUACAAACUCGGCCAGUCCAUCCUCGCAAUCGCAGAUCCAAUCGAAGCGAGCCGUAUCCAAGACCGUUCGCGACUUUUGCUCUGGAUCUGCGAACUUCUCUACGCCUGUUCGAUUGCAUUUUGCAAACUCAGUAUUCUCUGCUUUUACUGGCGGGUCUUCAAGUACACCUCGAUUCGAUACGCCAUUAUUAUCUUGCUCGUCGCUGUGAGCAUAUGGAUCACUAUCCGGACUUUCAUGGUCAUUUUUCACUGCGUCCCAAUCCGAGCUUAUUGGGAUAAGAGCAUACAAAGCGCUAAAUUCCCGUUUAACGAAGCGAAUUUCUUCUUUGCUACGAUUCUCGUACAUACGACUAUGGACUGCGUUAUCUUGAUUUUACCGGUCAUCGAAGUUAUGAAGAUGACGCUACCUUUAUCUCAAAAGUUGGCUGUUGUUGGACUUUUUACAUCUGGAACCAUAGUCUGCGUUGCGUCAAUAUUUGUUUUGGUACAUUCGAAAUUAUAUGAUCCUCGAACCGACAACAUACCAAAGGAUAUGGCACAAAGCAUGAUGUGGGCGGCCGUCGAGAUCAAUAUCGCAGUUUUCUCUGCUUGUCUUCCUAUGCUCCGACCCAUCUUUCGUCACUGUCUUCCAGGACUCGCGACAACAGAAGAGUCAGCACAAGCACCGAUCAAUUUACCAGCCGUUGUCCUGCCAGGGGUCGAUGUUCGCUGGGGUCGGCACUUUGCUCGGUUGGGACAGGCUUCGACUAUUGAGGUUCGAUCUGGAGAAGGUUGCGCGAUGAUGAUCAUAUGGGGUCUGCAGCCUUCGCUCGUCUUCCAACUCCGUCAACCUCUUUAUUUAUCUCCACCAGGAGGGGUCCAGGUCCUCGUCGCCGCUCCUGCCAAUCUACCAUAA